GAAGCAGAAGCAAACGACGCCGCACUCUACGGUCGGUCGUUCACGGAGUCGGAGUGCUUGUUUCUCCGCUCCGAUCGGUGUAUAAUCGGCGUGCAUCUGUGCAUCUGCGAAUUUGAAUCUACGAUAGUGUCGGUGAAAAUCGUAAAAAGAGAGAAGAGUGCUCUCGGAAGAAACGAGAUAAGGAUGUGGCGAGAACAUCCAGGCGGAGGGUAUAAGAUACCCGUCAACAUCAUCGCAAUGUUUCUGUUAACUGCUGUCCUGGCAUUGACAACUGUUGUUUCGGCUGAAGAUGUAUCCAUGGGACCGGUGUUUGUCAAGGAACCCCCAAAUCGAGUCGAUUUCUCAAACGGAACUGGAGCCGUUGUCGAAUGUCAGGCAAGAGGAAACCCUCAACCGGAUAUCAUCUGGGUUCGCUCUGAUGGAACUGCUGUAGGAGAUGUUCCUGGGCUGAGACAGGUUUUGCCAAACGGAAAUUUGGUAUUCCCUCCUUUCCGCGCUGAGGAUUAUCGUCAGGAAGUUCAUGCUCAGGUCUACAGCUGUUUGGCACGUUCCCCCGCAGGUUCGGUACACAGCCGCGAUGUCAACGUGCGAGCUGUGGUGGCGCAGUAUUAUGACACUGAUGUCAAUAAGGAAUACGCGAUUCGUGGGAACAGUGCCAUUUUGAAGUGUGUCGUUCCCUCUUUCGUCGCCGAUUUCGUCAAAGUUCUAUCCUGGCACACAGAUCAGGGAGAGGAAUUCGUACCUGGCGAUGACUUUGAUGGAAAGUACUUGGUGCUACCAUCCGGAGAAUUGCACAUCAGGGACGUCGGACCCGAAGAUGGAUACAAGACUUACCAAUGUCGCACGAAACACAGACUCACAGGCGAAACUAGACUAUCCGCUACGAAGGGACGUCUCGUCAUUACUGAACCAGUCGGCUUCGCGAAGCCCAAGUUCUCGACUAUUGAUAAAAGCCGUACAUUCGAGAUCGCGGAAAACAGAGGUCUGACACUGCAAUGUCCUGCUCAGGCGUAUCCUGUCCCAGUCUUCAAAUGGUACAAAUUCAUCGAGGGCACGUCGAGACGUCAGCCGGUCCAGCUGAAUGAGCGCGUACGUCAGGUUAGCGGCACUCUGAUCAUCCGUGAAGCGCGAGUCGAAGAUUCCGGUAAAUAUCUUUGCAUCGUCAACAAUUCCGUCGGCGGCGAAAGCGUGGAGACUGUUUUGACUGUCACUGCACCGCUGAACGCGGAGAUCGAACCGAGCACGCAGACCAUCGACUUCGGGAGACCUGCAACCUUCACCUGCACCGUUCAAGGCAACCCGAUCAAGACCAUUUCUUGGCUCAAGGAUGGAAAGCCCCUUGGAUUGGAAGAUCGCGUGCUGAGAAUCGAAAGCGUGAAGAAGGAGGAUAAAGGAAUGUAUCAAUGCUUUGUUAGGAAUGACCAGGAAAGCGCGCAAGCAACAGCAGAACUGAAACUUGGCGGAAGAUUCGAGCCCCCCCAGAUUCGUCAAGCCUUUACAGAGGAAACUCUUCAGCCUGGACCGAGCAUGUUUUUGAAGUGUGUUGCCAGCGGAAAUCCCACCCCCGAAAUUACCUGGGAACUUGAUGGAAAACGGCUGUCGAACACCGAGAGACUGCAAGUGGGACAAUACGUCACCGUCAAUGGUGAUGUCGUGUCGCAUCUGAAUAUUUCAAGCAUUCAUACCAAUGAUGGUGGACUGUACAAGUGCAUUGCUGCAUCAAAGGUUGGAGCUGCUGAGCAUUCUGCUCGUCUCAACGUGUAUGGUUUGCCAUUCAUUCGUCAUAUGGACAAAAAAGCUAUCGUCGCUGGAGAAACUCUACGCGUCACCUGUCCUGUUGCUGGACAUCCGAUCGAAAGCAUCGUUUGGGAACGAGACACCAGAGUCCUGCCGAUCAAUAGAAAGCAAAAGGUCUUCCCUAAUGGCACACUUAUCAUCGAGAAUGUUGAACGAAUGAGCGACCAGGCAACCUACACGUGCGUAGCACGCAACGCACAAGGUUACAGUGCACGUGGAACGCUGGAAGUUCAAGUCAUGGUGGCGCCGCAAAUCGCGCCCUUUACCUUCGGCGACGAGGCAGCCAAUGCGGGAGAGAUGGCAACGGUUCAAUGCGCCGUGAUAAAAGGCGAUCUACCUGUCGACAUAAUCUGGUCGUUUAACGGGCGUGUGAUCGACACCGCGAAUGGCGCAUUCGACGAGCAUAAUUACGACAAUUCCGAUAUAGUGAUAAGCAGGAGUAGCAAACGGAUCAGCCAACUGACGAUUGAAUCGGUAGCCGCAAGACACGCGGGCGAGUAUUCGUGCACUGCGAGCAACACGGCCGGAACCGCUACCCACUCUUCGGUACUUUCGGUGAACGUACCUCCUCGUUGGAUUCUGGAGCCCACUGAUAAGGCAUUUGCUCAGGGAUCUGACGCAAGAGUCGAAUGCAAAGCCGACGGAUUCCCCAAGCCUCAAGUCACAUGGAAGAGAGCUGCUGGGGAUACGCCGGGAGAUUACACCGACUUGAAAUUGAGCAAUCCUGAUAUUAGUGUAGAGGAUGGCACUCUGUCUAUUAAUAACAUCCAAAAGACAAACGAAGGCUAUUAUCUUUGCGAGGCUGUUAACGGCAUUGGAUCAGGCUUGUCGGCUGUUAUUCUUAUCUCGGUUCAAGCUCCUCCUCAAUUUGAAAUUAAAUUAAGAAAUCAGACUGCUCGUCGUGGAGAACCGGCUGUGUUGCAGUGCGAGGCGCAAGGAGAGAAACCAAUUGGAAUCUUAUGGAAUAUGAAUAACAAAAGAUUAGACACAAAAAGCGAUCCUCGUUACACUAUUCGCGAAGAAAUCUUAGCCAAUGGCGUACUGUCCGACUUGAGCAUCAAACGAACCGAGAGAAGCGAUUCUGCCUUGUUCACUUGCGUAGCCACGAACGCCUUUGGGAGCGACGAUACCAGCAUCAACAUGAUCGUACAAGAGGUGCCGGAAGUUCCAUACGGUCUCAAGGUAUUGGAUAAAUCAGGACGUUCGGUGCAAUUAUCAUGGGCCGCACCUUACGACGGAAACAGCCCUAUCAAGCGAUAUGUCAUUGAAUACAAAAUUAGCAAAGGUUCCUGGGACACUGAUAUCGACAGGGUGCUCGUGCCUGGCUCGCAACAGAAUGUAGCUGGAGUGUUUAAUCUGAGACCCGCAACUACAUAUCAUCUUCGAAUCGUCGCUGAGAAUGAAAUUGGUACAUCCGAUCCGUCCGACAUGGUUACUAUUAUUACCGCCGAAGAAGCACCCUCUGGUCCGCCAACUUCGGUGAAGGUGGACGCUCUUGAUGAGCAUACGCUCAAGGUAACAUGGAAACCACCUCCACGCGAGGACUGGAACGGCGAGAUUCUUGGUUACUACGUUGGAUACAGGCAAUCAGCAGACAAACCGUACAUGUUUGAGACUGUUGAGUUCUCCAAGGAACUCCAAGACGGAAAGGAACAUCAUCAUCUGCAGAUCGUUAAUCUCAAGACCUACACGCAAUACGGCGUAGUCGUUCAGGCAUUCAACAAGGUCGGCUCCGGACCGAUGAGCGAAGAACGUAGACAGCAUACCGCGGAAGGCGUACCCGAGCAACCACCACAUGAUACCACCUGCACGACUCUCACUUCUCAAACUAUCAGGGUGUCCUGGAUGUCACCACCUCUCAGCGCGGCUAACGGUGUUAUCACUGGCUACAAAGUUAUCUAUGGACCGUCCGAGACGUGGUACGAUGAAAAUUCAAAGGAUACCAAGAUCACGUCUUCCAGCGAAACCAUCUUGCAUGGCCUUAAAAAGUAUACGAAUUACAGUAUGCAAGUUUUGGCUUACACUUCCGGUGGAGAUGGCGUUAAAUCCGCACCGAUUCACUGUCAGACCGAACAAGAUGCACCCGAAGCUCCAAUCGCUAUCAAAGCUCUGGUCAUGUCCGCGGAAUCUAUUCUUAUCUCGUGGAGACCACCUAGCCAGCCUAACGGAGUUAUUUCUCAGUAUACCGUUUAUACGAAAGCUGACAAUGCUGAAGAAUCAACUAGCCAAAAAGUACUGCCAAAUCAACUCACUUACGAAGCAUCUGGAUUGGACAAACAACUGAGAUAUGAAUUUUGGGUAACUGCCAGCACAAAUAUCGGCGAAGGUGAAGCUUCUAAGAUUGUGACCUUGGGUCCAAGCGUUCGAGUACCAGCCAAGAUCGCAUCAUUCGACGACAAAUUUACCGCGACAUACAAAGAAGACGUAAAACUGCCGUGUCUCACCGUUGGCGUGCCUGCACCGGAAGUAACGUGGAAAGUACGAGGCGCGACUCUUCAACCAAGCGACCGACUGAGGCAAUUACCUGAGGGAUCACUGUUUAUUAAGGAAGUCGACCGCGCGGACGCCGGAGAAUAUUCUUGCUACGUGGAAAACUCCUUUGGACACGAUACUGUGACUCAUCAAUUGGUCGUACACGCUCCUCCGCAUUCGCCGCAGGUCACACUUACUGCCACUACUACAAAUUCUUUGACGAUGAAAUUACGCCAGCAUCCGACCGACAAUGCUCCGAUUCACGGUUAUACGAUUCACUAUAAACCUGAAUUCGGCGACUGGGAAACUGUUCAGAUUAGUUCAACGGCACAAAAGUAUACUCUUGAGAAUCUGUGGUGCGGUUCUCGAUAUCAGAUUUACGUCACGGCUUAUAACGGAAUUGGAAUCGGCGAUCCUUCGGAUAUUCUAAACACGCGCACGAAGGGCUCUAAACCAAUCAUUCCCGAAGCAGCGAGAUUCAUCGAGGUAUCCACGAACAGCAUCACUCUGCACUUGAGCGCUUGGUCGGACGGUGGCUGCCCUAUGUUGUAUUUUGUUGUUGAACACAAAAAGAAGCAUCAGCAGGAAUGGAAUCAGGUUUCGAACAACGUCAAGCCGUCGAACGGUAACUUCAUAGUAUUAGAUCUGGAUCCCGCUAGCUGGUAUCAUUUGCGCGUUACGGCUCACAAUAAUGCCGGCUUUGCCGUGGCCGAGUACGAAUUCGCGACAUUGACGGUGACUGGCGGCACGAUCGCACCUCCCGUACGUAAUGGCGGUAAUGACAAUACCGCGGAUGUAAGACGUUACUUCCCAUGGUUACCCAACUGGCUUGACGUAAACGUGGUGGUGCCGGUCGGCGCGACGGUCGUUGUCAUAAUAGUAGGAAUAGUUGUGAUUUGCGUGGCGCUCUCGAGGAGAACUCGAGGUCCAGAACAGACGCGGCUGCGAGGUAUCUCUUCAGCCGACGAGAAAUAUUACGAGGGACAAUAUGAUGUAGUCUAUCAGCAAACCGGUGUUGGUGGCGCUACCCUGGAUAAACGCAGAUCCGAUCUUCGCGACGAACUGGGAUACAUCGCGCCACCGAAUCGCAAGCUACCACCCGUACCCGGUUCCAACUACAACACCUGCGAUCGUAUCAAGCGAGGUGGAACUAGCUCGUUAAGGAGUCACUCGACGUGGGACCCAAGACGACACAUGUAUGAGGAAUUGAGUCACUACGCGCCCAACAGGAGAUGCCCGCCACCACCACGUAUGGGCAGCGCAGAAGGUCUCCCGCAUAGAGGUAUGGAGGACGAGAUCUGCCCUUACGCUACCUUCCACCUUUUGGGAUUCCGCGAGGAAAUGGAUCCGAGCAAGGCCAUGCAAUUUCAGACCUUCCCUCAUCCAGGAAACGGCCAUUCCGGCACCAUGGGACCACCUGUAGGACAUCCAACUAAUGCUUCCGCUCACAGUCGUUCUGGAUCUCAAUCUAUGCCUCGUCAAAAUGGUCGCUAUUCACGAGUACCAUCUCAAGGAGGCGGCAGCGGUACUCACAACGUCUUCUCGCCCGAAUACGACGAUCCGGCUAAUUGCGCUCCCGAGGAAGACCAGUACGGAUCGCAGUACGGAUCACAAUACGGCGCACCUUACGAUCAUUACGGAUCUCGCGGAUCAGUCGGACGUCGUAGCGUAGGCUCGGCUCGCAACAUUCCCAUUUCCGGCUCGCCGGAACCGCCUCCACCGCCACCGAGAAAUCACCAGGAUCAGAACAACUCCAGCUUCAACGAUAGCAAGGAGAGCAAUGAGAUCAGCGAGGCUGAGUGCGAUCGCGAUCAGCUUGUCAACCGCAACUACGGCGUGAAUGCUCGCGGCAAGGACGGCAUGACCACCGAGGAGAUGCGUAAACUCAUAGAGAGGAAGCCAAACGAAGCUCCCGGCCGGCAAACCGGCAGCCCCCACGGCGGUCACGGGGGACUCCUCACACCCUACGAUACUGUGGCAGUGUAACCUGUAAAUCAUCAUCUUCCGUGAUCUUCCGCAUCUCUCUCUUUCUGAAAAGCCGGCGGCCGCGAGGAAAGCAGCCGAGAGACGCGGAAAUGAAGCGCACGCUAAUUCUUCCCCCGGUGCUGUCGUCGGUCCAAUUUGCAACGAUUUACGAUAGAAAUUAGACGUCGUCGCGAGUAGAUAGAUUCGAUUACCGUGUAAGGUGUAUACGCAUGUUGAUUAUCAUCAUCGAGAUCUCGUGACUACCGGCAAAAAAGAUCCGCCUUGCGAAAAAGAAAUUGCCUCCUUCGCUCUUACGACCAAAUCGCGCGCGAUCUUCUCCUUUCUCUCUCUCUCUCUCUCUCUUUAUCUAUCAUAAACCAUUUCUUGGCCUUCCAUUUUUUCCCUCGUACUUCCUCGAGCACGUUCGUUUAACUAUCGAUCCUGAGGAAGGCCAACCUUUGAAACUGCCUUGUGUUUUGAUACUUGAAUUUUUCGAACCAGUUCGGUCGAUUACGCACAUCUAAAGGAAGGCCAGACUCAAGACUGUCUGAAUCUACUGCCCUUUCGCGAAGGAGGCACAGAGAGAUUCGUAAGGUCAACUCAUGCUUCGUUCGCAAGUCGUUCGCGAGUCCCGGAGCUCCUCGUACACGUUUAGUUGUGACGGCGACUGAAAUUUUUUUAUACUGCUCUACAGAGAUUUGCGUUUUGACACUUUCUCGAUAUGAAACGUGACUUAACGAUGUGACGUAACUUGCUGAUUGAUCAUCAUUGCGUGCUUAUUGCGAAAUAUUUCGAUGAAAGAGACGAGAUUCUCUGUCGUCGAACGUGUACGCGGGAAUUCGAGGCUCGCAGCUGCCGCUGUGAGGCAGUCCUGUAGGAAAGCGAGCACACAACCGGAAGUCGCGUGUUCGCGGACGCCCAGCCGCGGCAGAGACGCGGCCCGGAUGAUGGUGCUCUCGGCGACGGUGGCUUUAACGGGGGUCUUCUGAUAUAUAUCCGGGGUAUACAAUUCUAGAUUACAAUCGUCGCAGGAGUUGCAUAUUUAAACGGGGAGAAAAAAAAACGUAUAUACGAUAUAUAUAUAUACACGUAUACACACCCACACACACCUACAUAUGAGAUUAGUUGGUCGCUUUUUGAGUCAUGGUUGUGCCACACUGCCGCUCCCUGCGGGCGUACGAGAUAUAUAGACAUACAUAUACUAUAUACAUAUACUGUACGAUUUAUAAUUUCGUAACGAAGGUUGUGUCUGUCCCCACUCUCUCUGUCCCCUUUUUAACGAUCGGCGAUCUUGAGUAUCUCGACGUCGCGGAGAGCAAAGUUGAUAGGGUACGUCGUCGCUUCUCAUCUUUCGUCAUAUUGUCGUCGUCGUCGUCGUCCUUUCUAGGUAGAAUUCAUUUAGAUUUUAGACGAUCGAUUCGAGACAUUUACGCGAUCGCUCGCUCGAAGAAAUAAAAUUUCGUAUACACAUUUAAUAAACGCCGAUCGACUGUCCGUAGGAAGAACAACGCGGCAAAGCCAUCGAGGGAACGCUUCGGUAUAAACAGCAGACCAGCCACAUAUAAAUCCAACAUAUUAUAUACUACAUUAUCGCCACGUAACACGCGCUGGUGCGUGCACGCAAUACACGCCACACCACACUUGCUGUCGUCCUAUAUAUGAUAUGAUAUAAAUAUUUAGUCCGCUGUAAAACAUCUAAUUAAUCCCCCCCGUGCUAAUCUUCUUCGAUCGAUUUACGACGUACCGAUAAGAUUCAUUCUGAUAUAUCGCGACGAUGAUCGUUAACAAAUGUAAGCGAUUCGAGUAAUAUACAAGCUGAUUUAAUCGUAGAUAGCUCGUAAGACGAGGACAGAUGGUCGCGAGAAGGCGUCCUUGUAUCUUUGCGACGAGGCGAGAGGUCGGGACGGAUCGUUUCCUCAAAAAUAAAAAAAAAAAAAAAAAAGCGAAAUUCUAAGGGAUCGAUCAGGUUUGUUCUUCGUUGGAUCUUCGAAUGAUGCUUCUUCAACAUUCUCGGAUUGUGCAUCCCGACAUCCCGCUACGUCGCGAUCAUGGCGCCGUGUCUCAUAGUUCGUUUUUAUCACGAUACUACUACUUCUAGAUAUAUACAUACAAAUAAUAUAAAUAUAUAUUAUAUAUAUGCUAACUAUAUAUUAUACAUACGUUGUAAGUAGGUAUUUCUAGGUGUCGCAUUUGUUUGCUGAGACGAUGCACGAGCCGACUCCCAGUUGGGCGACUGGGCGAAGGAGCACCUUUAAUUAAGCUUUGAACAAAUUAUUUUGCAUUUAUAUGUAUAUUUCUCUAUCACUUUAGCCUUAAUUUAAUUCUCCAAUUUAUUAGAUUUAUUUAAUUAUUUAUUGAAGAGAUAAAACAGAGAGAUUUAUUUGGGAUAUUAAUUUUCUCGAUGCAUCUCGAGGUUGAUUGAAUUUGUAAAUUGUAAUUAGUAACAUCGUUAUCAUCUCAAAUUGUAAUUAGUAACAUCGUUUUUAUCUACAUUAUUUCAUUGAAGUUAAAAACAUGCACAAAGAGUUCUCGUGCUCAAAUAAAGGUUCAAUAGGGGUGCUUCGUUCUCGUGAGUCGCCUCUGCUUUCGCAGAGGAAUUCCUACCCUCUGCCACUCUUAAACUGGCCGCGGCUCGACACGCCGACGCACUUUUACUCAUCGAUGUGAUUUUAAAAGGCUGCGCAAAAAAGCCUCGUGUCUCGUGUAUAUGUUACGAUCGCGCUCUUACCGUAAUUAACGUAGCCGUAUCGUCCCAAGUCACCCUUUACGACUUAUAUAGUAUCACGUUCUAAUCACUUAACUCGCCCCCGCGAAAAAAAAUAACUUUGUCGCUUUGAAUCGCUUCCGAAUUUAACCAGAGCUAAUAAAUAAGCGUCGGCACAGGCCGACGAUAUGAUUAUAAUGAUAACGAUAUUAAUGCAUUCGUAUAUAUAUAUAUAUAUAUAUAUAUAUAUAUAUAUAUAUAGUGAUGUGAUCACGUCCGCGCGCUAUUUCGGUCGCGGCUCAUCGUUUUGUCUUAUAUAAGCGAAGUGGACGUCCGCGACGUCGCACAGGUGAUAACGUUAUGUUAAGCGGUCCAGGGUGCUUGGCAAGAAGCGUUGCUGAUGAAACGAUUGAUCGGCUAAACAUUAUAAAUGUGUUUCGUUUUUUCAGCUGACGAACAAUUGAUAAGACACAAUAACUCGAAGACUGAGAACUUGCGUCCACAGAUUGCUUUAAUCACACUUCUCGCAAUGAUUGUUUCAUAUAUUUCUUCGCACACUCUAGCAUCUUUUUAAAAUUAAUAAUCAAUAAUGAAUUUGCCAUUUAUUUUUGUUAUACUCUUCUUGCCAAGCACCCUCGAGACCAUCGUUCGCUCGUCGCGUGUUCGACGUAUAUUGUGUGGUAAUUCUUUGCAGGAUUCGAUGUUACUUUUUUGAGAGACGCCGCGAAGCGUGUCGCUCGCUUGUGUAUGCUUGAUUGAUAUAUGCGUUGAAAGCAUUUGGCUGUUCUUUUAUACGUACGACGGCGAACGCGGUUCUUCGAGAGCUCGUAUACCACCCUUCUCACCUUAUUCGUCGCCUGUAAGACUCGAAGCGUUUCCUUUGCGUUCCUUUCUUAUCCUUUUUUUCGAUCCCCGCAUCCGUAACGGAAACGGGAUCGCGAUGUAUUUGUCUGAUAAUGGAAAAAAAGCAUAAAGGGAGAAAACGCGCGCAAAACAUCAUCCUCCGCAUUCGCGGAGAAACUCGAGGACCCGCUCGCAGUGUAUCGUUUCCUCUCAAUCAGCCACUAUUUUAUGUUUUUGUACCAAAGUUGUAGCGUCUAACUUUGCGUUAAAUAAAUAAAUCUUAAAACAGUC